GUGAACUGACUGCUCCUUAGAACGUUCUUAAUUCCCGCGAUUUGGUUUCGAUUUUUGCCUUCGAAUCGACACUCAAUACGUCCCCAGCCUCGGUUCGAACGUGCGGUUUAUCGUAUCGCGACACGCCUCCGCUCAUUGGGAAAUUAUCACUCACGGAUGGAAUUUUAGAAGGGAUGCUCCGAUAGUUUUGUGUACAUUUUGGAACAUUCACGUGGGACCGGCCGCGGCAUCUUUUGAAGAUUUUUUUAUCGUGUGCGGAAGAAAAAUUUUGACAGAUUUAUUUUUGGCAAGUUUUCGUUUGUUUGCCGUUCUGGAGAUAUGGAACUACAUUGCGCGAUGCUUUUUAUCGUCGCGCUGUGUUCGAUAAUUGCUUGUGAAGUGGUCGCCUCGACAUCGUCUGCCGUCGGGGAUCGCAAGAGAGUGCGCCCACCCCUUGUGGAAGAGGAAGGAAAGCGCAAAAUUCAAAAGCAAACACACUGCCAGUUUGGCAACUUCAGUUAUGAGCUUGAAGAACGAUGGAGACCAGAUUUAGGACCUCCGUUUGGAAUGCUUUAUUGCAUGAGGUGCGAAUGCAUGCCUGUCCAACGCAAGCGCCGAAUUAUAUCCCGUGUUCGCUGUAAAAACAUCAAGAACGAUUGUCCGAAGCCUACUUGCGAAGAUCCCGUUCUGCUUCCCCAACGUUGUUGCAAAACAUGCCCUGGAGAAGAUUAUGCUGAUUUAGAAGAAGACAUCGCUGCUAGAAAACUGGAAGCCGAAGAUGAGGAUAAAGUUUUGAAAGAAUUCACCGUGCUGCUUACUGGAAAACUCCUUGUUCCUACUGUUCCUGUGUCAGGUGCUGCUCGGGGCUACCUCGUCUACACAAAGCGAGAUCUUCACUACACCAUUCACUAUCGCGGGUGA